AUGUCCGUCUACUACUACGAGCCAUUCUUCUCUUUCAACGACAUCUCCCGCUUCUUCGACGACGCCCUCUCGCGCACCUCAGGAGGCCAACAAGUUGCCCGGGCCGGCGACACUAGCGAGCGCUCUCUCGCUCGGGGUUUCCAACCUAGAGUCGACAUCCACGAGUCCCCCGAGAACAACCAAGUAACUGCGACGUUUGAGCUUCCUGGUCUUCAGAAAGAAAACGUCUCCAUCGACGUGCAGAACGGCCGCCUCGUCGUUAGCGGUGAGCAGACGGUUUCAAAGGACGUUGAAGAGAAGGGAUUCGUGCAUCGCGAGCGCCAGAUGGGCCGCUUCUCGCGCACUUUGCCUCUUCCUACUGGCACUAAGCCCACUGAUAUCCAAGCCAAAAUGGAGAACGGUCUCCUGACUGUCACGUUCCCGAAGACGAGCCAGGAGCAACAGCCCCAGAGGAUUACGAUUGCUUAA